GAAGGAAGGCACAGCAGAGCGCCAGCCCGAAGCACCGAGUGCGCAGGACCCCGCCGCGUGAGCCGAUGCAUCAGUCGCGCAACACCAUUGCCGUCGUCUUCUUUGCGCUCGCCGUCGAGACCCAUUCGUUGCCCGUCAAAAGUGUCGUGCGCACAGAAGCAAAGAUCGUAUCAAACACGACUGUCAAGCCGCGCGCUCUCUUGCUGUUCCCGAUACGAGGCCACAUGGGCAUCGUCAAGCCAAAAGAGCUCGAGGCAAGUGGCCCGUCCAUCAAGGGCGAGGCACCGCUGCACCAAAGGCGCCACUGCGUGGAUUUCACGAGUGGUUCCAUCCCGCAUGAGCGCAAAGUCGAAGAAUCUGAUGAAGCCUGGACGGAUGAAGACGGAUUCAGCUGCCUGUGGUACGCUUCGGAUGGCACCUCGACUCGCUGCUCUCUUUUUGGUCACACCGGAGCGCAAUCUGCGUGCUGCGUCUGUGGUGGCGGGAAUUUGACGGGCGCAGCAGCCAAGCCGUCGGUCGGCAGCUCUUUGGCACUCACCACCGCGGCGGCGGACACUUCGGUGUCCUCUCUGAAGGCCGGGGGCGUCUCAUCGGCGAGCGAUUGGUCCAAGCUGUUUGGUGACGUCUCCAAGGCGGUGGAGUCGAUCGGCAACGUUGCAGGUGCGGUGGCGAAGCCUUUGAAUGAAGCGGCAAAAGCGGCAGAAGCAGUCUCAAAGGUUGGAGAGAGCUUGGCCAGUUUUGGAAACGCCCUCAAGGACUUCAGUGCCGCCCUUGGUGCAGCUGGAGCUGUCAUCUCGAUCGUUACACUCUUCUUGCCAGCAGCGCCCAGCGAGGAGCUUGUGUUCAUGCAGGAGGCAUUCGAAGCACUCGACAUCCGCCUCGAUGAGAUUACUGACGUCAUGACAGCAGGGUUCAUGCGUCUGGAAGACAUCAUCGUAAGUGGCGAGGUCGACCGCCAGAUGGGCUUCCUCGAUACCGUCGAGACUCGUUAUCGCUUCUACACCGAGAACCCAACCAAGCCUAACCAGGAUUCGCUUCAUGUGGCGUGCAACGCACCGGGCCAGUCUCCCAUCGAUCUGAUGAUGUUUCUCUUCCGGCACACGUGCUGGGACCAGUUUUGCACACAGAUCCCAGGCAUCACACCCCUGAUGGGCUCUUCGUUCUCAGCGCUGCGCCUUGCCAUGGCGGACAAACACCUGCAGCUCUGGUUUGAGGGCGCGGCGCUGCCCAUGCUCAUGGCCAUGUCGCGCGCGAUGAUGCUGCAGCAGAACUGCGCCGCCCUCUUGUAUGAGCGCUCAUUGCCGGAUGGGGUGGUUUUGGACGAGUCCAACCUCGACGACUUCAACUCGGCGUUCACAGCGCAGGUCGACUGGAUGGACACCCUCAUGGACACCAUGGUGCAGUCAGUCAGCGCUCAGUACGAUCAGAUGAAGCAGUGUUGGCCACGUGACCUCCUCAUAGCCGAGGACCUAGAGGGCAACUUUAAGGCCAAUGAGCUGCGGGACAACCUCAAGUUCAAGUAUAGCUGGCUCGACUUCAAUGUUGCGGUGUGGGAUGAGGUGGUGUCGCAGGGCCAGUGGACAGCACCCAAAGCAGACAGCAACUCAGAUCAGUGCAACGGCGAACGUGUGCACUCCGCCGUGCACCAGUGGCAAGACAAGAACGUCCUCAUACAGUGGUGGCCGCGCGCUGAGGACGAGGACUGGGCUGACCAGCUUCCGCGCCACCUCCCAAAUUUUGGUGCGGGUACAGGGCCGUGGUGCGCCUCUGAGAAGCCUCCCUUGCAGCGCAAUCCAGCCUUGUGCAAAAAAUGGGAAGAUGCGGGCUCAAACACUUGCCUUGAGUCGUACAAUGCCGAGCUCUUCAUUGGUCAUGACUGGAUUGAUCCCAGGUGGGGCUUUGUGGCGCUCCGCGACGCUGACCUGGACCAAGCUGUUGCUUCGCCGCACUGCUACUUCAGUGGGGACAUGGGCCCAAAGGAGAGAAAGAACGCCUUCAACUGCCCGGACCUGCUCAAGCCAAAACGUGUCCAUACCUCCAUCAUGGUUUCAUGCGACUACCUGAUGUGAGCUUCCCCAAAGGAUGACAUCAGCACAGUUGGAGUAGCACAGGUUGAGGAACAACCGCAGUUUUGAGUAUAUGCCAGGGUCGCUGCGCGUGCUCGUGCAUGCAAGCUUUGGGUCUGGUCAUUUUCAUGAGAAGCGCACCAGCGUCAUCUUGGAACGCCUUCAAUGUAGAAUUCUGUGACAGUAAUGUCCUGUAAUGUUCUCGCUGUAUACUUGUGUGUUUUGCCGACUGAGUCACGUCAUCGGUUUGUUAUACUAUUUGCGUAAAGCUUUAUCGAUACCGUACG